AUGUACGAACCAUAUUAUAAUACUUUACUUGAUAUAAUACUAAAAAUGAAAGAAUUAAUUGAAGCAUUAUUUCCUUAGUAUGAAUAUAGUGAAUCACUUGGUAAUGGUAAGUUUAGCGCUACAUUUAAAGUUAAAGAUAAAUAACUUAACUUAUAAUUAUGUGUUAAGGUAUUUUAUAUUUAAGGGAUGAAUGAGCAAAAUAUGGAUAAGCUAUUUGAUAUUUACACUAGAUUAUAAAAUAUAAAAAACCCAAAUAUAAUAAAGAUAAUUAAUAGUGUAUAUAAUAAUGAAAAAACUCAUUUUAUAGUUGUUUCAGAAUUUAUUUAAGGAGGAAAUAUAUUUUAAGAUAUUUUAAAAAGAAUUGAAUAUUAAAAACCAUAUUUAGAAUCUGAAAUUUGGGAUUAUUUAUUUUAAAUUUCAAAUGGAUUAAAAGCAUUACAUGAUUUAAAAAUAAUACAUACUGAAUUAAAGACUUAGAAUAUAUUUUUAUAAAAUGAAAGAUAAAUAAAAAUAGGAGAUAUAGGAAUUAGAUAUUUAAUUUCUUAAAAUAAUAUUAAUGGCUGUCCAUUUUAUAAAAGCCCAGAAUCAUUUUUAGGUAUAUAAAAUAAAAAGUCAGAUAUUUGGAGUUUAGGAUGCUUGUUGUAUGAAAUGAUAUAUUAAAAACCUUUGUUUUUAGGAAACAAUCUUGAAGAAUUACAUAAAAAAAUUUAAAAAGCAUAGUUACCAAAAAUGACUAGUUUUAAUAAAAAUAUUAUUUAUUUAAUAGAAAAUUUAGUCUAAUCUAAUUAAUAAGAACGUCCUGAAAUUAAUAUUAUUUUAUAGAUUGUAUCAUUAAAUAUUGUUCUUGUGCUUAAUUAAAAAACUCAAAUUUAGAUAAAAUACUUUUUCCAAAUAAACAAAAAGCAAAAUAGGUUAGUUAACAUAAUUAAGUUAACUAAGAUUAUUAUUUGCCCAAAAUAAAUGAGAUUAAGGAAUUAAAAUCCCAAAUUAUAUACUAAUAAUAACAUCUUGAUAGCAAACUAAAUAAUAAAUACAAUGUCUAAACUAUAAAGC